AUGCCACCAACAACAUUGAACAUGGACAUUACAGUCCUUCCUCCAGACGUAUUAUCACUAUAUGAUGAAUCUUUCUAUGAAUUAGUUCGUAAACUAGCUGGUCCCAUAGAAGCCGACUUACUUGAACUACAAGCAAUUCGUAGUGCUUAUUCAUUGAUUCAUACUGAGGAUAUAUUUGAUAUAUUGAAUAAUAAUAUUACAUUAGCAUCUCAACCAUCAGCACAAAUUCUACCUACCUCUUCACCAUUAUCGUCAACUACGGUAACAGGAACAAAAGGUGCAGUACCAUCGAUUACUUCGAUUGAUGGUUCUAUUACAAAAGCUGGUGGAAAGAUCAUUGAAGAUGAAUUUCGAUAUGAUGCUCUUAGGGAUCUCCAAACUUCAAACAAUUAUCAACUAGCUGUCUGUUCUGAGGAUUGUACAGGCGUGAUCCAGAAGGUGGUAUAUGAUGCAUCUACUAAUUCAUUCAUCAGAUUCUCAACUCCACUCGAUCAUGGAGUACCUGUUACACAAUUUUUUCAAACUGAUUCGUAUGAUCAAUUGAAAGAGUAA